GGAGCCCCGAUGGACAUGAGAGGAGAGCAGCACACAUCCUGACCCCCGCCCCUCACGGCUGCCCCUGCCAGCCCUGGGACUAUGGAGGAGUGGAAGCCCAACCCGCCCGUGAAGCCCCACAAGAAGCGGAGCUGGUACCUUGCCUGGAAGUACAAGCUGAUGAACCAGCGUGCGCUGCGGAAGCUGUGCCAGACAGGUGCUGUCCUCUUCCUGCUUGUGACUGUAAUUGUGAACAUCAAGCUGAUCUUGGACACCAGGAGAGCUGCUUAUGAGGAGGAAGAGGAGUCUGCACAGGACUAUGAUGAUGAGAUGCUGAAUGUGGAGGUCCCCAGGCACCCUGUCAACAACAAGAAGGUCCUGGAUGUCGAGGUGUACUCCAGCAGGUCAAAGGUCUAUGUGGCUGUGGAUGGGACAACGGUCCUGGAAGAUGAGGCUCGGGAGCAGGGAAGAGGGAUCCAUGUCAUCGUCUUAAAUCAGGCCACGGGACAUGUGAUGGCCAAGAGGGUCUUUGACACCUAUUCCCCCCAUGAAGAUGAAGCCAUGGUACUUUUCCUCAACAUGGUAGCCCGGGGCAGGAUCUUAAUCUUCACCAUUAAGGAUGAAGGCUCCUUUCACCUCAAGGAGACAGCCAAGAAUGUCCUGAAAAGCCUGGGGAGCCAAGUUGCACCUUUCCUGAGCUGGAGAGACAUGUGGACAUUUGUGGGCAAGAAGGGGGGAGAAGUGUAUGGGGAGAAGCACGCCAAGUCACCUGCCCUCUCAACGUGGGGUGACCCCGUUCUGCUGAAGACAGAAGUUCACUUGACAUCUGUGGAAGAUGCUGAGUGCCACUGGCCCGACACGGAGCUGAACCGGCGCCGCAAGCGGUUCUGCAGCAAAGUGGAAGGGUACGGCAGCGUCUGCAGCUGCAAGGACCCCACACCCAUCGAGUUCAACCCUGACCCUCUGAAAGACAAUAAAGUCUUUGAUGUGCCAGUAGCUGUGAUUGCAGGGAACCGCCCCAACUACCUGUACAGGAUGCUGCGUUCCUUGCUGUCGGCUCAGGGUGUCAAUCCACAGAUGAUCACAGUCUUCAUUGAUGGAUACUACGAGGAGCCAAUGGAUGUCGUGGAGCUGUUUGGCCUCUCAGGAAUACAGCACACUCCCAUCAGCAUUAAAAACGCCAGAGUUUCCCAGCACUACAAAGCCAGUCUGACUGCAACCUUCAACCUGUUCCCGGAUGCUAAAUUUGCUGUGGUUCUGGAGGAAGAUCUUGACAUUUCUGUUGACUUCUUCAGCUUCCUGAGCCAGUCAAUACACCUGCUGGAGGAGGAUGAGAGCCUGUACUGCAUCUCUGCUUGGAAUGACCAGGGCUAUGAGCACACAGCUGAGGACCCAUCACUCCUGUACCGUGUGGAAACCAUGCCAGGCCUGGGGUGGGUGCUCCGGAAGAGCCUGUACAAGGAUGAGCUGGAGCCAAAGUGGCCGACCCCAGAGAAGCUCUGGGACUGGGACAUGUGGAUGCGGAUGCCCGAGCAGCGGAAGGGCCGGGAGUGCAUCAUCCCGGACAUCUCGCGCUCCUACCACUUCGGCAUCGUGGGGCUCAACAUGAACGGCUACUUCCAUGAAGCCUAUUUCAAGAAGCACAAGUUCAACACUGUUCCAAAUGUCCAGCUUAAAAAUGUGGAGAGCUUGAGGAAGGAUAACUAUGAGACUGAAAUUCAUCGGCUCCUGGGUGAGGCUGAGGUCUUGGACCACAGCAAGAACCCCUGUGAGGACUCCUUCGUGCCCGACACCGAGGGCAAGGUCUACGUCAUGUUCAUCAGGAUGGAGCAGGAAGCGGAUUUCACCACCUGGACUCAACUUGCCAAGUGCCUCCACAUCUGGGACCUGGACGUCCGCGGGAACCACAAGGGGCUGUGGCGGCUGUUCCGCAAGAAGAACCAUUUCCUUGUGGUGGGGGUCCCUGCCUCCCCCUACUCGUCCAAGAAGCCCUCAUCAGUGACACCCAUCUACAUGGAGCCCCCUGCCAAGGAGGAGGGGGCGGCGGCAGUGCCAGCAGCAGCAGCAGCAGAGCAGACGUGAGGCUGGCAGCUGGAAGCAAAGGGGACCAGGGGAGCACAGGGACCCCCACGGUGCAGAGACACAGCUGGCAGCAGCUCUCACAGCCUGGUGACUGGAUACAGCCUCCUGUUUUGGGCUGCAAAAGCAGAUGUUGGGCUCCCUCCAGCCCCCUGUUGUGGUCUCCCUUUCCCUUGCACAGGACAGGGUCCUUCCCUGUAGAUAUGCCACCCCAAUCCCAGGAACUUGGUUUUUUUAACACAGACACUCUACUAACGCUGCUCCUUUUGCCCCCUGGCUGGGCGAGGCUGGAGGAAGGAGAUGCUCAACUGGAGCCUAGAAGGGGUCUCAAAAAACACCUCUGCUCUCCCUUUUAGCCCCGAAGUCCUGAGAAGGCAGCAUGGUGUGAGUGCUGCAGCCUGCCAGCUGGGUGUUAUUUAUUAACUCUUGCCUGCUGGCUUUGUGCCCCAUGGUGAACACAGUGCUGAAGAGGGGAUAUUCCAGCAUCUCUCCUGUUACCUGCACGAUGGAUGCACCUUGAGGACUGUGUGCUGGUUGGACAUGUUCCUGCACACGGGCUUUGCUGCGUGGGCUGCAGGCACUGGUGCAGCCCAGCUCACAGGAAAGGGAAUGCUGGAGAGGAGCUGGACUUGCUGCAGACACAGAGGGACACCCACACCCAGCACAAGGGCGGUCAGUUCUGGAAGCUGGAGGUGAUUGUAGGUGGAGUGGACCAGGCUGUGUGCUCUGGCUCAGACUGUCCUCACCCACCUUCUGUGUGGGGAGCAGCCCUGGGUGCUGGGAGAGGGGAUGAAAGUGCCUUGCAGAGUGGGAAGGGAGCAGCCAGCAGGCAUCACGCCCUGGCUGCAGGGGCUGGGUGGGCCAGGGUCAUCUGGAGCAGGAGAUGCUGCACCAUGGUCCUUGCCUGUGGUACUGUACCCUGCCUCUCCAUCCUCCCUGCCCUGGUACCCCCUGCUUCUGCUGAAGGCAGAGGGAGUUUCUUCUCCUGAAUUCCCACCCUUACUGGGGUAAGUUGCUGGCAGGGAAGCUACGAGCUGGUCUGGGAUGGGCAGCCUGGCCAUCCCUCUGUGGUACACCCUCGUGCGGAGGGAGAGGGAGGGGGUUCCGUGCCUUAGGAAGGUGCCAGGGCCCCCUCCCAUCCCCAGCCAUUUGGUACUGAUGUCCCUGCACCUUGGGGGGACAUUCCUGGUCCUCUUGCUCAGUGCAGCUCCUUCUCAUCUGUGCAGCAGGAGAUCCAUCCUCUGCCCUUUCCCUGAGGUAACAGGGGCUCUUCCCCUUCAUUUUCUCACUGUGAACUGAGCAUUGGGGUCUACACUACACUAACUUAUUUAUUUAUUGCUCCUGGGAAGGGAUGGAUCACAGGAAGCAGCAGGGAGAGCUGGCAGCCCCCAGCCUGGCCAGGUGCAGUCAUGAGACGUUUGUCUCUUGUCCCCCUGGCUCCACCCUCUGCUCCCUGCUUUUCUCCCUUGCCCAGAAUAGGAAUGAAAACUUGUGAAGCAGGGAACUCCUCUUGGCCAGGAUGGUCCCAGUGUGGAUGCAGCACAGCUCUAGCAUGACUGCAGGGACUCUGACCCUCACAGUCCCUAGCAGACCUGCCCCAGCAGCAGGGAUAGGAUGGGAUGGGAUGGAUGCAGGAGGGAACAGAAGCAAGGGUGCAGAGUGGCAGCCUUGAGGCUGCAGUUCAGGUCUGAGGCUCAGCCCUGCCCUCCCCAGUGCUGCCCUUCCAUGGGACUGUGCUCUGGCAGCCAGUGGGCAGGUGGCCCCUGUGCUGGCCCUCAGGGUAGGGCAGGGCUUUUAUGAGGAGGGAAAAGGGAUUUUACUUCUUUCUGAGGAAAAGUAGCUUGCUCCCCAUGCCCUGCUUUGGCAGAACUUCCCAAUGGCUCUCCAUUGCCCUUCCCUGGCACCUCUGUUCCCAAGGCUCAGUUUCUCUUCCCUUGGAAACUAAAUGCAUCCUCUUGCCCUUCUCAGGUAGGGCUCAGGCUUGGCUUCUUCCCAGCUCCUCUUGGGGCUGGGGAAGGUGGUCCUAGGGAUAGGGGAUGGCUAAACAUGAGUUCCCUCUCCUCCCCUGCCACACAGGGCUGUGGCUCCCUGCUCUCAGUGACAGCACGACUGGUGGGCUUUAGGCUCCCCUUUCUCCACAUACCAUGCCAGGCCCACGGGGUGCUGUUCUCCAUCCCUCCCUGUCCCCCAGCAAGGCUCAGGCGUGGCACCGUGGCAGGGCUGGGUGUGUGGCAUCACCAGGGUUUGACGCUUUCUGAAUGGAAUUAUUUUUUCAAGAGUAAACAUUGCAAAGCUGUUGA